UGAUCGUCAGCGUCCAGUCGGUGCAUAUACCAGCCAAAAAACGAAUCCUUAAUCCUGCCUAGGACCACACAGAACUUGAUAAAAAAUAUACUAAAAAUGAACUCAAUCACUGUGCUCGCUAUCUUCGCUGCCUCCCUGGCCUUCUGCGCCGCCGAUGUUUCUCACCUAUCGCGCACUUACCUGCCUCCUGUGAGCGGCGGAUAUGGCGGCUACUCCUCCGGAUAUUCAUCGUAUCCAUCGUACUCGAGUGGAGCCGGUUAUUAUUCUGGUGGCCUUGCCGGCAGCUAUGCAUCGCCAGUUAUCUCGUCCAGCUAUCGAAGCUAUGCGGUGCCACAAUACACAUCCUAUGCCACACCCUCGAGCACCUACUUGCCGGCGAAUACGGGUUACUCUGGUUACUCCGGAUACUCGGGCUACUCCGGCCUGGACACCAAGUAUGGCAGCAAUGGAGGCUAUGUCUAUUAGGCGCGGGGCACACAACCUAGAAGCAAUGGAGCAAGCAGACAUCUUUAUAUAUAACUAUAUAUAUCUAUCUCUUUUUUGUU